GCCAUGUCGGGGCCAAAUUACUCCUUUGUGUCAGAGUUCAUCCUCAUUGGCUUCUCUGCCUUUCCUCGCCUUCAGACGAUGUUUUUCCUGCUGUUCCUGCUCAUGUACCUCUUCACCCUGCUGGGCAACCUGCUCAUCAUGGCCACCAUCUGGAGUGAACGCAGUCUCCACACGCCCAUGUACCUCUUCCUGUGCGCCCUCUCCAUCUCUGAGAUCCUCUACACCUUUGCUAUCAUCCCACGCAUGCUGGCUGACCUGCUCUCCACCCUGCACACCAUUGCCUUCCUGGCCUGUGCCAGCCAGAUGUUCUUCUCCUUCACGUUUGGCUUCACACACUCCUUCCUGCUCACCGUCAUGGGCUAUGACCGCUACGUGGCAAUCUGUCACCCACUGCGGUACAAUGUGCUCAUGAGCCCCCGGGGCUGUGCCUUCUUGGUUGCCUGGUCCUGGGUUGGUGGUUCAUUCAUGGGGACGGUGGUGACAACAGCCAUUUUCAGCCUCCCUUUUUGUGGACCCAAUGAGAUUCACCAUUUUACUUGCCAUGUUCCACCUCUAUUGAAGUUGGCAUGUGGAGAGAAUGUCCUGGAAGUGUCAAAGGGCAUAGGCCUGGUGUGCAUCACGGGCCUCCUGGGAUGCUUCCUCCUCAUCCUGCUCUCCUACGCCUUCAUUGUGGCAGCCAUCUUGAAGAUACCAUCGGCAGAGGGGCGGCACAAGGCCUUCUCCACCUGUGCGUCCCACCUCACAGUGGUGAUUGUGCACUACGGCUUUGCCUCUGUCAUCUACCUCAAGUCCAAGGGUCCUAAGUCUCUGGAAGGAGACACUCUGAUGGGUAUCACUUACACAGUCCUCACCCCCUUCCUCAGCCCCAUCAUCUUCAGUCUCAGGAACAAGGAGCUGAAGGAAACCAUGAAGAAGGCUUUCCUCACCAAAUUAUUUCUGCAAAACUGA